AUGGAUGUUGACUUCUCUCAGGCGAUUCGAAAAUCAAUUAGUUUUUCUCUCGAGUCUUUUCCAAACAUUAAGGAACUGAAAGCAGUUCAAGAAGAUGCCAUCAUCAGCUUCGUAAGGAGACGAGAUGUGUUUGGGGUACUUCCGACAGGAUACGGGAAGUCGCUAAUAUUUCAGCUUAUCCCCGGCAUUUGCAGAUAUCUAAACAAGACAGGUUUUCCAUAUCCGUCAAAUCCAAUAUUGAUAGUAAUUUGUCCGCUUAAUGCGUUGAUCGAAUCCCAUUUAAAAGAAUUAUCAGCCUGUGGAGUGUCUGCUUGUUCGCUAUCCGACGGAAGCGUCAAUAUUGAUGAUCUGAUCGCUGGAAAAUUCUCUAUUGUUUUGGCUAGUCCUGAAGCCAUAGUUGACAACACCAAGUGGAGAAACAUGCUUCAGGAACCCUUAUUCCAAGAAAAUAUAUUUGGACUUGUUACAGACGAAGCGCACGUUGUUCCAAAAUGGUACGCUUUUAUUGUAUUGUAUUUGUGUUGUAUUUUAUAUACGGUAGCUUUCGAUUUCGACAUGUACCUGUCGUAUUUAUACAUAAUAUUUGAUACAUGUAUUGUCCCUAUUUAAUACUCGACUAAUCAAGUUUUAUACCAAAGAAUAUUCAGCAGAUUUACUGUUUUAACUGUCUAUUUGUAAUUUCUAACGUAAAUUCGCGUACUUAAAAUGAUUUAAAUAAUAUCAUAGCUACCUCGAAAUCCUUUGUUUCGCGAGGAAUGAUUCGUCCCUCAUCUUUAUGCAUAACCUCUUAUUUUGAUGUCAAUUAAAUAUUUAAUAUCCCAAUAGUCAUCUUAGUAUGAAGAACCAAACGCGCCUUUUCAUUUCGACUUAUUCAAUCGAAUGAAACCGUUUUAUUGUCUCGAUAGCUAUGAUAUUACAAACUGAUAUCAUGGCAUUGCAGUCGAUUAGUGAUGAAAUGUACCUCGGACAUGUCGAUAAUCGACAUUGAAUUUAACCCAUUGAGCCACAAUGCGCCCUACUUAUUUCUUUUGCUUGUCGAACGCCAGACAAUUUUAUUUGUCUGUGGGGAAGCUCUGUAGAGUAAUGGGUUAAAAACCAACACCCCCCCCUCAAGGACCUCUGCUUUUGGGGAUUUUUACCCCUAUGGAAUGAAAAAAACUCUGUGUAAUUGAUCCCUCUAGAAGAGAUUUGAACCCCCUCUGGAAGUGCAUUUUAACUCCUCUGGAAACAUUAUUUUUGUCCCAUUUUCCCCAAAUAUUACCCCUCUGGAAUAAAUUACUAAUUUUAGUAAUUUACCCCCCUCAGAAGUUGAGGUCCUUGAUAGGGGGGGGGGUAUUAAUUAAAUGUAUUAAUAGCCCAUUAAAUCUGUCCAGAUUACGUUUGGUGCUAUACUUCACCACAUAUUAAACCUUUAAGACUUUAUUUUUAGGGGCAAAGGAAAUGCCAAAGAACGUAAAGCUGCCUUUAGACAGUGCUUUUUCAGACUUGGAGAAGUUAGGUCAUUACUUCCUUUGGGAACGCCAGUAUUAGCUUUAACUGCUACUGCAACCCCAAAGGUAAAGAAAGAAACAAUGGAAGGUCUUUCAUUGAAACCAGAUACCCACUUAAUUUCAGUCACUCCAAAUAGACCAAAUAUUUAUCUUUAUAAAGCCAAAGUAAAUGAUAGUCUGGAAUGCUUUGAUUGGUCAAUUGACAAUAUCAAACUAAAGAAAAACACUACUCCAAAGACAAUAGUCUACUGUAAGUCUCAAAAAGAAUGUGGGAAGAUUUUUAGACACUUCAAGUCAAAUCUUAAAGAAGAUCUAUAUUUUCCAGAAGGAGCUGAGAAAGUAUCAAAGAACAUGGUUAUAGGAAUGUUCCAUGCUAAUACUCUGACUAAAAAUAAAAACAGGGUGUCUGAUUCAUUGUUUGAUCCAGAUGGGACUUGCCGGGUCGUGUUUGCUUCAACAGCUCUUGGAAUGGGAGUUAAUAUUAAGGAUAUAUUUCAAGUAAUUCAUUACGGGCCACCACGACAAGCAGACGACUUCCUUCAGGAGAUAGGCAGAGCUGGUCGUAAUGGACAAGCUGCACGUUCCAUUCUUUUUUACAAAGGCAAUCACCUUAAGAAGUGUGAUUUAAACAUUAAAGAGUAUGCACAAACUAGUGACAAAUGUUUAAGGGAAAUAAUUUUGAAGGAAUUUGAUGAAACUAGCACUCUGUUGAAGUCAGGUACCCAUGAUUGUUGUAUUAUUUGUCAUACAAUUUGCCUUUGUUCCGGAUCAUCUUGUGGAGUACCUUUGCCAACGUUUGGGAUAGCAAAUCAAGCAGACAUAGUUAGGAAUAAAAAGAGAACUGUUACAAAGCAGGAAAAGAAUGAGUUGCUUGAAUUGCUUAUUGACUAUAAAAAACAGCUAACUGAUAACUGCCCAGUUUAUCUGCUAUCAUCCGAAUCAUCGACUGGCUUUUCAGAUUCCUUAGUCAAAUCUGUGCUUAAACAUUGUAAAUUUCUAUUUUCGAUAGAAGAUGUUGUGAACCUAUGUUCAGUUUAUAAGAGAUCACAUGCAGUUUGUAUUUUACAUAUGGUAAGGGAUGUAUUUGAAGAUUUUGAGUUUAGUGAAUGUGACUCCAGUGACUUGGAUGAUUUACAAGAAUUGGACCUUGACUUUGAUUUUGAAUAUGGUGGAGAAUAUGGAUAUGGCACUAAUGGCAGUAAUGGAACUAGUUCUGAGUCUGGUUCAUCUGUUGAGUCAUUAUGCUCUGAUGUGUCAAAUGUGUCUGGCGUUGCCAAGUUUGAUUGA